UUCUUUGACUAUUGCAGGUGGUCACGAAAUUAAGCAUUUUAAUUAGGACUUCGAUUUAACCCAUUGUCAGAAAAACGACGUUAGUUCAUUUAUUUUAUCUCGUCUUGUGCUUGCAGCAAUUUACUAAAGUUUAUAAAAAUGUAUUUUAGUGUCUGAUUUAUUUUAUGUAAUUACUUAAACCAAAGCGUGUAGCUGUGUGGUGGCUGAGGAAUUUUAAAGUUCUAAAGUCGCAAUGAUGCGGAACUGUGCAACUAUUUGUUAAUCAUGCGUAACUAUGCAUUUUCACACACAAGAUUAUACAUCUUUUCACAGGCAAAAUGUUUUCUAAUUCUUGUAUCAGAGAUACCUAUAUGAAGAUGACUUAUCUUUAGCAAGGAAAACUGAUCUUAUUCCUCUGUUGUGGCCAAAGACGAGCUUCCAUUUAGCAUCCUAGCAUUUUAAUUAUUUAAAACACAAGUGCUUUAUUUAAAUGUCUCUUUUAUUGAGUAUUGUUUAAAGAAUUUAUUAACUUUACCUCAUGCCUGGAUAAUUUGAUGCUUUAAACGACUGCGUGAAGUCAAGCACCACUAUCACACCGCAAAGAGUUGAAGUGAGGACAUAUAGUUUUGAACGAGUUGUAAAAGAACUAGAGAAAUGGCUUCAUGUGCGACAACCAUGCCUAAAGCCAACACUUGGAAACUUGGCGGGAAAAGACCACACAAUCAUGAAUGUUUUGUCACAGGUAAAUCACGAAAAACCAGCGAUUUUUCUAAUGAAAAGGUUUUAAACAAAACCCAAACGACCAGGCAAUCACCUCAACGUCCCCUGAACGAAAUAACGCGGGAAAUGCAAAAGCCAAUUUCAGAUGUUGACGGAAACCCGUCAAAAACUACUCGGGAACUCGUCGCUGUUAGUUCGGAGACAUUCGAAUCGGAUUCACUGCCUGUUGGAAGCGACACGGUCACCUAUGUGAAUAAUUUAUUCAGUCCUGUGAAUAAAUUACAAGCGAUACCUUUAACCCUGGAUGAACUUCGUAGGCGGACCGAGUAUCCAGAGUUUUUUGGCCGAUCGGAAAUGGUUGCCUAUCUAAGGCAUUCUAAAACGACCGGCAACGAACUAAUAUCUCGCUAUAACCUCAAGUCAAGAUCUAAACGGAGUAAAGUCAAUGUACUCUCCAGGCUAUGUGAGCGAGAGGCCCAGACUUUAGCGAAUGGCAUUCAUACGAUGAAUUCCGAGUAUUUUCCGACCGAUUACGUAGCAGAUACAAUGAAGCAGCAUAUGGAACAUGAAAAGAGUGAAAAGGAAGAAUCUGGGAGAAACGAUACAGAAGUACAUAAUAAUAAAGACACUGUAAAUAGCACGAUCUCGAUGUUACAGAAUCUAAGAAAAUCUUUGGAACAGCCAGAUGCCGAACUAGCAAAAGAUCUCGAAGUUUUUGAAAGAGCAACACAUACGUUUGGUUGUCAAAAUAUCGUAAACCAUAUCAGUUUUGUAGAGGGCUACCUGGUGGAGCUGCAGAAGAAACUGUGAACUGUGCCGGUGUUUUAGAUUGCAGCUAUCACACAUAGACAACAGCUAGCACCGAGAAUGGUAUUUUUCAAAGAUGGUAAUCAAUCCUCCAACAGGCAUUGAUAUAUAGAGAUAGUGCAUUCGUUUUAUUGUAAAUAGAAGUUAUAAUUGGUUAGAAUGUUUAUACUUGCUUUAUACGGUGGAAAAUGUGAAAAAUUAUGCAUAACCCGGCUACCAGCUCGUGCGCGUUCCUGCGGUUUUAAACCAUCCCGAGAUGUCCAUAGUGAUGUUCUAGGACGUGAGACUUCUCUUUAGCGUGAGGCUGGAUUUCAACUAGCAGAGAUGUUCAACUAUUCCUAAUUU